AUGAGUGGGCGACUGCGUGGUUUGCUUCGCCGGUUCGUCUCACCCCUCGUGGCCACGCGACUUACGAAGGAAGAGUUAUGCCUGUCGAUGGCCGCCGUCGCCCGCCUGCGUCUGCGCCAGGAAGAUCUAAUAGAUAUUCACUUGGAAACAAUCGCAAUGCGUGCGCAGCGCAUUAGUCACUUAUGCACCCCCACUGAGUUGGGAAUGCUGUCGGACGGCGCUGCGGCGCUCUUCUGCACGCGCGCCGAUCUUGCCGACGCACUCAUCAGCGAGUUGUAUGUAGCAAUGAUGAAUAGCAGCCCGGUGCGUAUAGGUCACGUGGCAGCGGUUGUCCGAUACACAGAUGGGGUGGCAGCGUACUCCAACGAGACGAUACCGGUGAUUCUAAUCUCUGCAGCACAGCUGCUUCAGAAGAAUGAUUCACCGAGCGUACUGGAGUCUUUCAUGCGGCUCAUCCAGACCCACCUCCCCGCGGCGGAGAUUUAUGAAGUUCUGGAUGAACUGCGGAAGCGGGCGACAGAUGAACAGCGCAAGUGCAUCAACAGCGCCCAUGAGCUGCCACUGAUUAAUACGGCGCCACACGGAAAAAACAAGGAAGCGAUGGAGGGAGAUGAAGAUGAAGAAGGGGAGAGUGGCUGGACCGCGCCACGUGCACGAAGGUGGAUCUCACAGCAGGUGCGAAGCCGCAAGGCAUGGACUCCAACGGAUGUGAUACAGGCCUUGGAACUCUAUGCACACUUUGCAGUGCGGGAUCCCGUCUUGCACGACAAGAUUGAAAACAUCAUGCUGUCAAUUAUACCUACUGCAAGCAAGGCACAACUAGACGAGAUUCAAAAGACUCUUCUAACUUCCGUUAACCUCUUCCCCAAGGUUUGCGAGGCACUCCGUCCUCUACCUACUCUGUCUGACGAUGCACACGAAAACGGCAAUGAUGGCAAGAUGCAUAUUGACAAUAGCAGCACUGCCUCUUCCUUAGCGAAAACUUUCCGAACAACACAGGCGUACGAUAGGGUGCUGAUGGGUCGAAAGGUUCCGGAGGAAUGGAUGUUUGAGCUGAUGGAAGAACAAGACGGCACGUCUCCGGUAGAUAUUGCAGCACAGGCCGCUUGCAUCUUUGCUGAGAAGGGGGAGGUACCUGAGGGCAUUAUUGUGCAACUUUCCACACAACUGAAUGCUCUCUCUCCGCAGGGUGUCGCCGCCUUCGUCCGGGCAGUGCGACGUGACCAUUCAGGAGCUUUACUGAUGCAUACUUCGGCUGUUGUGCGUGGGUUCGUUGCGAAGGGUGUGCAGGAGGCAUCUUUGGAUGCGCUCUUGCAGUUAUGCAGAGCUUGGGCGUUGCCCCCACCACGUGGCACUCUCGAGGACGAUAAAGCAGUGCUCCAUGAGAGUCAUGCCAGCUUGGAGGAAGCUGUCAUCACACGGCUGCUCUCCGUUUUGCGGGGAUCUUGUUCGAUUCCGUUUAUGUGCCAUGUGGCAAAGGCGUCGUGUGCCAUGGACACAAACAACGAGGUGGUGCAGUUCGUUUGCUUGAAUGCGUGUGCGCGGAAGGAUCUCACGUCUGACGACGCACUAGUGCUCUUCGAUAUGCUGUGUUGUCGUGGCUAUGUGCAUGAGUCGCUCCUUGACAUAUUGGAACCCAUUUUUCGUGGAUUGGUGCAGUCAAUAGCGUCCAAGAUGGAGGGAGGUGUAGAGGUGUCUGGUAUCGAGGCACGGCAAGUUGCAACUUUCGCCACCUUGCAGGCGGCCUUUGACGCCCCGGAAUUUGAGGCUAUUGCGUGUCUCCUGCUUCGUACCGUGGAGCAGCGUAUUAGCGAAACUCCAGUGGAAGCCCUACCUGCGGCAGGCUUGCUUUGCCAGAGAUGCAGACGGGAUGCCACUGCUCAGGCGAUUCUAGAGAAGGUCCGCGGCGACAUGCAGAGAUUAUCCGACGAAUCUGUUGGUGACCUUGCAAAACUGCUCGCAUGGGCUAAAAACACACCAGAAAAAGGCCUAGUGGGUGAACUAACUGAUGCCGUUGCGAGCCGUUUGUCACUCCGUCGAGCACUGCCGCCGGUUGUGGUUGGUUUGGCGGUGAUAGCACACUGCCGAUACUGCGAUGCGGUGGACAUGAUUAGCGAGAACGUCACAGAUUACCUGCUGGAGUGGAUAGGGGCGCUUACGUCUGAGGUGUACACCGCGUUGUGCCGCACUUUGCAUUUGUAUUCUGCUCCAGAGUCACUGGCAAACGGGAUAAUGGACGAUUUCCCCCGUAGGUUAAGCCUCCUCACCACGAAAGAGAUUGCUGAUGUGGCCUUUGGACUUGGUGAGGUCACUGGAGUUGGACAGCGGCUCUCCCAUCAGCUUGUAGCGGAGAAAUGCUCCGACUACGUGGUGGAUCACUCGCAUGAGUUUUGGAGUGGAAAGGACAUUGCUCGUUUGCUUUACGGCCUUUCACGCAUGCAUUGUACAAAACGAAGUCUGUAUAACGUAUUUGGAACGCGGCUUGCGUUGCGUCCCAUUUUAUAUUCCAUUGACCAGGAAGCAAUCAGCCUUGCUGUUAGCGCUUUUGGCCGCUCAAAGUACUUGGACAGGAAACUUUUUGAUAGCUUUUCGCGUCGGAUUUUGGAGCAGUCUAACAGUCUCCAGGCCGCAGAUUUACUCUUGACCAUCCGAGGUUUCAGUCGUGUGAUGCUCUUGAAUGAUCAAUUGUACCACGAACUUGGUAGCAGAGCUGCGGAAAAAGCGGGUGAAUUCCCGCUUGAAUCCCAGUGUGCCCUGCUUGCUUCAUUUGGUUCACUAGGUAUCGAGCACGAAAUGCUCGCAAUGCGGAUGCUUGACGGUAUUAUUGAGAAAAUGGCGGAGUUGGAUGACGUUAACAAAGUCGUGAAUGUACUUGCCUCACUCUGGCAGAUGAACCACGAGGUGGAGAGUGACGCUCGAGCGGCGCAGUUGGCAGAUUGGAUUGCGGAAAGGUCAGAGGAACUCACUGGAGAAGCCAUUGGGAAGCUUUGUAGUGUUCUGAACGACGCAAAUUGGCGGCAUGUUCCGCUUGUAAAGGCAAUUGCGGAGCAGUCGGUUCGGUUACAGAUGCAGCAAAGUGUUUCGGCCGAAUGCUGUAGAGCGGUGCUGGACACGCUGGGCAUAUUCAUGAUUCAUCACCAGGGCGCGCGUGAAAAUCUCUCGGCGCUUGGCAAGAGUGUCAGUAAGGAGAAGAUUCAGCUUUCUGAAGAGGAGGAACAGCAAAUCCAGCUGCUGCUAAGACGCUAA